GGCUAAAAUCACACAACAAAAAAACGGCAGAGUAUGCCGUAAUACUACUUUCUACAUGACACAUUGGUAAGUUGAUAAGAAAUAUAAGAGAUGCUACUACGUCAACCUCAACAAAUAUGUUGGGAGUCAAGAAUAAGAAUUUAAGGUUAUGAACAUACAUAAGGCAUUUAACCACUUACCGCCGAGGGUAUAAAAGACCCCUUGAGUCGAUUGCAUGUUAGCAUUUGAUGAAAUAACUCGCAACUUUUCGUAUUCAAAAUGGAGUUCAAGCAAGAAAAUUACUACGACGCGGAGAAAAAAAUUUGGUAUGGUAAGUCAGAUCGUGAAUACUUCUCAAAGGACCAAUCUAUAGGAGAAAUUAUUUUCCGCGAGAUGAAACGUCAUCCCAAGCUCAUAGCUCAAAUUUCAGAUACCGAAAAUACAAUUUUAACGCGUCAGGAACUUUUGUUGAACUCAAUGCGAGUGGCCAUUAUGAGGAAAAUGGGCAUGGUUCAGUCGGAUAUUGUGGGAAUUAUAGCGAGAAAUACAACGCAUAUAUUUGCCGUAGCUUAUGGAUGUUUCUUCAAUGGAAUUGCCUUCCAUUCGCUCAACAUUAACUACGAUGAGUCGACGAUUCGGACACUUUUUGACAUCACAAAACCACGUCUGAUAUUCUGUGAUGGUGAUGAUUACCAAAAAGUAAAGGCAGCUACGGCACAUCAGAAUGUGAUGAUUGUAACAAUGAGAAAUCAUCACAAGGACUCUAUAAGCAUCGGCGAAGUGUUGGCCACAACUGUCGAAGAUGACUUCAAGCCAGCUCGCUUGGAACAAGGCAUUAAUCAGACCCUAUCCAUACUUUGUUCUUCGGGUACGACGGGAACGCCAAAGGCAGUGACUAUUAACAACAGUCACAAGCUUUUCAACUUUUACCCUUUAAACAUUGAUGAUGUUCAAUACACUCACAGUUCCUUGGACUGGAUUACUGGGCUCUUUACAACUGUCACCUCAGGAGUUUAUAGUACAUUAAGGGUUAUUGCCGACAAUCCCUUUGAUCCUACUCGUAUGUUGCGUGUGAUUGAAAAAUAUAAGAUCACCUGGUUACUUCAGCCACCAUCUCACAUGCUACUAAUGGUAAAUAGUAAGGAGUUUUAUGAAGCUAAUUUGCGGAGUAUUCGUUACUAUAAUUACGGAGGUGGUCAGUCUUCAAUUGAAACACAAAAUAGUAUCAGAAGUCGCCUGCAAACCGACUGCUUGAAAAUGAUGUACAGUUUUACGGAAUUAGGAACUGUGAUAUGCAUGAAUGACAAUUUUGAUCAGAAACCCAACUCAGCUGGUCGCGUAGCAGACGGCCUGAAGCUAAAGGUACUCAACGAACAUAACGAGACACUCGGACCAAAUGAGAUGGGAGAGAUUUUUGUAAACAAUGGUCAACAUUGGUCAGGAUAUUAUGGCAAUCCAGAGGAGACAAUGAAAAUUAAAGAUUCUGAGGGAUGGUUUCACAGUGGCGACUUGGGAUAUGUGGACGACGAUGGUUACCUCUAUGUUAUUGAACGCAAGAAGGAUAUGCUCAAGUACCAGUACAUCAUGUAUUAUCCCACCGAGAUCGAACAAAUUAUUUCCCAAAUGCCCGACGUAGCCGAAGUUUGUGUCUUUGGUAUCUGGAAUCAAUUCAACGGGGAUGAGGCGGCAGCUGCUGUGGUAAAGAAACCUGGCUCACAAAUACAGGCUCAGGAUGUGGUGGACUUUGUGCAGCGUCAUACAGAUGCUAAGUACAAGCAAUUGAAUGGCGGCGCUGUCAUUAUGGAUGAGUUGGUGCGCAGUGCCAAUGGCAAAACAAAUCGUUUAGGUACAAAGGCAUGUUUCCUCGAUAUUAAAGAUAGAAACUAA